AUGUCGGCGACCCCAGGGGCCCUCCCAGUGGUUGGCGGCGCCCCCAUUGGCCCUCUCAGGGGCAUCAGUGACCCCACUGACCCUCCAAGGGGCGCCGGCGACUCCAUGGGUCCUCCCAGGGGGGUCGUGCAAGUGCAAAAACAACUGCCCCCAGAGGCCCUACAGGGAUACCAUUCCAAGGGGACUUCCCUGCAACGGCGGCGACCCCAGGGAGCCCUCCCUGCAGCGACAGCGACCCCAGGGGCCCCUCCCAAGGAAGUCGGCAACCCCAGGGGCACUCCCAAGGGCGUCAGAGAAGCCCUGGGGCAGCGGCGAACACAGGGACCCUCACAGGGUAGUGCUCCAUGGGGCCCUCCCAUUUGUCAUGCCAGGUGCAGCACCCCCAGGGGCUCUCCCUGCAUCGGCAGCAACCCCAGGGGCCCUACCUAUAGAGACAUCAACUCCAGGGGCCCUCUGAAGGGCGUCGGCAACCCCAGGGGCACUCCCAAGGGAUUUGGCGACCCCUGGGCCCUUCCCAGGGGCAAUGGCGAACCCAGGGACCCUCACAGUGGAUUGACCAGGGGAGGUGAAGCCCCAAGGGCCAUCACAGAGGCGGCGUCGCCCCCAACGGCCCUCCCAGUGGCAGCAGCGCCAUCCAAGGGCCCACCCAGUGGCAGUGAAGCUGCAAUUGCCCUCGCAGGGACCCUCCUAGCGGCGACGGUGCUCCAGGGGUUCUCAAUGGGGCGGCGGGGCCCCCAGAAGCCUUCCCAGGGGCGGCGGCGCCUCAAGGGCACUGCCAAUGGUGGCAUGCACCGCCAGGGGCCCUCCAAGGGGUGCCUCCGCUCCCAACAUCCCUCCCAGGGUCUGCAGCACCCCCAUGGGUUCUCCCAUGGUCGGCAGCGUCCCCAGGAGCCCUCCCAGAGCGGCGGCGCCCCCAUAUGCCCUUCCAGAGACUGCAGUGCCCCCAGGGGCCCUCCCAAAGGCGCCGGCCUCCCAGGGGCCUUACCAGGGUGUCCCCCUCCCAGAUGA